AUGCAGGCUGAGACAGGAUCCGAGGACAGGAUUAGCGCACUCCGGAACGAGAUCCUGCAGUACGUGAUUUCAUUCCUGCCGGCACAGGAGGCGGUGCAGACCUGCGUGCUUGCCAAGGGUUGGUGCCAUCUCUGGAAGUCCAUGCCAGUCCUUCGCAUCAUCGCUGAUGAGUGGCAAGACGAGCAGGGUGUCAAGAAGAUGAACAUGUUCAUGAAAAAUCUGUUGCUCAAGCGUAACGGUAGUGCACCAGUUGAUGUUCGUGAGGUCAGAAUAGGUGAGUAUGUCGAUGCUGAGGGUGAUCCACAGGUCGACCUACUGAUUCGGAAUGCUUUGUUGCGCCAAGCUCGGAUCAUCAGGGUCACAUUGACCUCAGAAUACAAUUGGGCUGAGCUAGGUGGCCUGCCUUUCAUCUCCCAGCACUUGACAUGGUUGGAGCUUACGCAUGUGGAGCUGCGAGGUGAUGUUCUUGAUUACUCCAGCUGCCCAGCAUUGAAGAAUCUGCAUUCUAUCCUUAUAAAGGGUUUGUCAAAGGCUGAGAGCUUGGAGUUAGAAGCUGAAUGUACAGCGGUACCUGACAAUUGGGAUGAAAUGGAAGGAAGCUAUGAUCCAUUAGCACAACCAAUUGCAUCCAAGAAACUGAAAGUAGUCAAAGUUCACUAUGAUGAGCUUGAUGGGCGGGUUCACAAUAUUGUUAGGAUCAUGAAAUCCCAUCUCGGUAUUGAGGAAGUGAACGGCGAGGAGUCCUUCCAAAUGUAA